AACUCGCUCUCUGCAGCAUCCCUGCCAUAGCAUAGCGAGACGGAAGCGAGACUGCGGCUCUUCACAUUCUCCUCAUCACCUGCUCACCGGUAUAGACUGUCAUCGUAGCAACCAAUCAAUGCGACCUUUGUGACAUGGCUACGACCACGCGCGCCACCAGUACCGAGCCCUUUCCGGCCCUGAUCAACAGCCCACAUACUCCCAAAUCGUCCGCCACCCGACCUUCAAACGACGUCUCCCCUCCCAAGCUCCCACACACGAGCAUAUCCCCCGUGUCGCUGACCGGCGUCGCGGCUGUGGCGGAGAGCAGAAAGCGGCAGCAGCAGAAAGAGGCCGAAGACCCUGCGGCGCGGCAGACCAGUCCCAAUCCCGCCCUCCAAGCCGUUCAGGCACUUAUGGGUGGUGGCGGCAUGAGCAAGCCCACAGACGCCCCCGACCCUAGCAAGGUCAGCUCUCCCGUGCGGAAGGCUGCCGAGCAGAUACGAAUAAACGUGCCUGAAAGCAGCACGCUCGACACGAAUAAUAUCCACGAAAGUCCCGUUAGUCUGUCGAGCUUCGGCACGAUUGAGAGCACCGGCGCCCCGGCCUCGGUGACAGCCACUGCUGGUCCGGGGCAGUCAUUCGUUGCCGAGCCGGCGCAGAUGACUGACGCUCCGCCGUACCAUAAUGGCAACGGCCAUCUGGGCGACGACCUCCACGAUGAUGGGCCCAAAGCCUUCUCCUAUCCUGGGCCGCCUCCGCAGGAUCAAGAGCAGGAUGGCGGAGCGGCAAGAGGGAUGAGCCUUCCGGGGUACGGGCAGGGCAGUCCGAAAUCCCCGGCCUCGAACAAGCGACACAAAUGCCCCUACUGCGCUACCGAGUUCACGCGCCACCACAACCUAAAGAGCCACUUGUUAACACAUAGUCAAGAGAAGCCGUACUGGUGUCAGACCUGCCAGGCUCGCUUCCGGCGGCUGCAUGAUCUGAAGCGACAUACCAAGCUACACACGGGAGAGCGGCCGCAUACCUGCGACAAGUGUGGGCGAAAGUUCGCACGCGGGGACGCGCUUGCAAGGCACAAUAAGGGCCCCGGCGGAUGUGCUGGACGUCGAUCGAGCAUUGGCGGCGACGACGAAUUCGGACCUGAUGGCGGUGACACCAUGGAUGGUAUCGAGUACGACGAGGAUGGAAGCAGUCCCGACCCGGGUCGACGAGGCAGCGAACCCAACAGGAAGAAGACGCAUUUGGAAACACCAGAAGACCCGCAUCGGCAAGUGUACCGACAGUACUCCAACACGUAUCCGCCACCAUAUCAGCAACCAACGCGAUCGCACGGGGGCAGCGCGGCGAACAUGGGGCCUCCGCAAGUAGUCUUGCCUGGGCAAAACGCCAACUCGCCACGUGAAUCGACCACUCCAGCCGCCGGCGCCUACUACAACACCAACUCGGGCCAAGUCCUCCAUCAGAGCGGGAUGAUCGAAUCGCCGAAGCCCUUGUCACCGCGCCAGCAGGCUCCCAACCAACAACGCUUGAGUGUCGGAGACGCAUCGAUGUCGAGUGCGCGCAACCGAUCGCCGAGCCUGACCACUCAGUUCCAGCAUUUCGGGGCGAGUGACGGUCGGACACCGCCGGCGACGCAGCAACACUCCACUCCCUUCACCGCGGGGGGUGGGCCUCCGGGCGCGCCGGUGCUCCCUCCUCUGACCAACCAAGGUCCCGCGAGUCGACCGGGCAUGCCAGCCUCCAGCAUCCCCGGCAGUGGUCCCGGGACGAGCAUGCUGCAACACCCGCCCAUCCAGCCGUCACAAACUGGUCCUUCUGGGUCCAACCCGGGCAGUCUUUCGAGCCACGGCCGCUCGUCAGGCAGCAGUAUCCGCGAUAUCCUUGGCCAAGACCAAAGUGACAUUUGGGGUUAUGUGCGACAGCUCGAACAGCGCUUUAGUCGCAUGCAAGAUGAGUACGAAUUGCGGAUCAGUCGGUUGCAGGAGGAGGUCAUUACGUUGAAGGGUCAGUUGGGAAAUGGCGGGAGCUACAAUAGCGAGAUGUCUGUCGGACGCUAUUGAGGAUGCAUUCAUGCCGUGCUCUUUGAUCUUGAGCGAGCAGUCGGUGGACAGGAAGGAAAUUGAGAAUGAGAAAAGAAAAGAAGAAACUGUAUGACUACAGAGGCAGCGGCGGAUUCGGUUUACGUUUUUGCACAGCAUUGGACGGUGUACGUCCACAAAGAUUCCCCCUCGCUCGGAUCGUUUGCUUUCAGGUUGGCAGGGAACGGGAUUUGGUGGAUGUCUUUGGCAGAGUGAUAGACGAGAUGAUUACUAAAGUAAUGUCGAUUUAAGACAGCCGAACGCUCGCUCCGUCUUCCCAUUACUCCGUCUUCGGUCUCGCAGCGAG